AUGGGCGACGGUUACCGAGCCCAUGGGAGCAAGCAUGAAUCCUGGAAACGGGUCCUGGAAGCAGGAGGUUCCUUGCUGGAGCGGCGCGUCAACAACUUCACCAGCGCAAAAAACAAAGAGAGGGCGAGGAGGAGGAGGAGGAGGGAGGAGGAGGAGGAGGAGGAGGAAGAAGGAGAAGAAGAAGAAGAAGAUGAUGAUGAUGAUGAUGGACGAGAACUGGAGGCCCGUAAUGCCUUUGAGAGAUUUUUCGCCAUUCUGGAGAUCUCGCUAAGCGGAUAUGAUGAAGUCCCUGCCCCACAAACCCACCAACAUGCUCCAUCCGCAUCAUCUCUUGCACCAACCAAUCCCCCACCCCCUCCAACCACUCAACAUCCCCCAUCGGUCCUCCAUCCCACCCUUGUUGAGAACGCUUCCCUUAUCCCAAUUCCCGCUGAAAUUCUCAACUCCUCCAUCUCCUCCUCCUCCUCCUCCUCCUCCUCCUCCUCUUUCGUUAUCACGAGAUGA